UACUGGACCUAUCAUUUACCUUCACCAACUCUAUAAAUAAAGAGAUAAUUAAUCCUAAGUUACACAACAAACCAGCUCAAUCUCACUUCUCAAGUCUUAAGUUUAUUCAUUUCUCUCGCUUCUUCAUUCUUCUUCGAUCUUCGGUGUUUAAAAACCCUAAUCAGAAAUGGCAACGGCGUCGUUUAACAUGCAGUCAGUUUUCGCCGCUCCUUCCGGUGUAUUGAAAUCAUCACGUAACAUCAGAAACACAAACCAACUCCUCUUCAAGAGGAAUGCUCCGGUGGGAGUCAGAUGCAUGGCUCAGGGCGAUCCUAUCAAGGAAGAUCCUUCUGUGCCCUCGACCUCGACUUCGGCUACUCCGCCGCAAAUGCCACCGUCUCCUCCUCCACCAGUUAGCAAGCCUAAGGUGAGUACGAAGUUUGGAGAUUUACUAGCGUUUAGCGGUCCAGCACCUGAGAGGAUCAACGGGAGACUAGCAAUGGUUGGAUUCGUGGCGGCCAUCGCCGUGGAGUUGUCAAAGGGAGAAAACGUGUUUGCUCAGAUCUCCAACGGUGGCGUUGGGUGGUUUCUAGGCACAACGGCGUUGCUGACGUUGGCAUCGAUGGUUCCGUUGUUCAAGGGAAUAAGGGCAGAGUCAAAGUCAAAAGGGUUCAUGACUUCAGACGCCGAGCUAUGGAACGGUCGGUUCGCUAUGAUUGGUCUCGUUGCGUUGGCCUUCACUGAGUACGUCACUGGUGGGACUCUCGUCUAAGGUUUUUGUUUUGCUAGUUUAAGGAAAAAUUUGGAGAGAAUGAUAUUGAUAUGUAACGCAUAGUUUGAUACUUUGAUUAAAUACUAUGAGUUUUACAAGCUGUGUCAACAAUCAACAUGAAUCAAAAAUUAUUUAUUGGUUACCUACCUGAAAAA